UACUUAGGACAAACACAACCAUCUUCUAGUGUUUUCCUCUAUCUCCUUUGCUACACUUUUUUAGCUACAAAACCACACUAAUCUCAAUCCAAUCAAGAAACCAAAGAUAAUGGAAGGGAAGCUAGGAUGUUUUGCAAGGUUUUUCCUGACCUCGAAGCCGUAUAUCGCAAUGAUUUGCUUACAGUUUGGAUAUGCCGGGAUGAAUAUUAUUACCAAAGUGUCGUUGAAUCGUGGUAUGAGUCACUAUGUCCUCGUUGUUUAUCGCCAUGCGUUUGCGACAGCCGCUAUCGCACCUUUCGCCCUUUACCUAGAGAGGAAUAUUAGGCCAAAAAUCACGUUUUCAAUAUUCAUGCAAAUGUUUGUGUUGGGACUUCUUGGACCGGUGAUAGACCAGAACUUCUAUUAUGCUGGAUUGAAGUUAACAUCUCCCACUUUUUCAUGUGCUAUGAGCAACAUGCUACCGGCAAUGACCUUCGUUAUGGCCGUCCUCUGCAGGAUGGAGAUAUUGGACAUGAAGAAGGUUAGAUGUCAAGCAAAGGUGAUUGGAACCAUAGUGACAGUUGCAGGAGCCAUGUUGAUGACACUUUACAAGGGUAAUGUGGUUGAGUUGUUUUGGACCAAACAUGUUCACACUCACCAUGUUUCCGAGACAACUUCUGCAACAUCAGGAUCUUCUGACAAAGAUUGGGUUUUUGGGUCCAUUCUUCUUAUCAUUGCUACUUUUGCAUGGGCUUCUUUUUUCAUCCUACAGAAUGUGACUAUGAGGAAAUACACUGCACCUCUUUCUCUCACCUGUUUGGUAUGCUUUAUUGGGACUUUACAGUCCAUUGCUGUUACUUUGGUGAUGGAUCACAAGCCUGGUACUUGGACUAUUGGCUGGGAUAUGAACCUUCUUGCUGCUGCCUAUGCUGGGAUUGUGUCAUCAAGCAUUGCAUACUAUGUACAAGGUCUAGUAAUGGAAAAGAGAGGGCCAGUUUUUGUGACUGCUUUUAGUCCACUAAUGAUGAUCAUUGUUGCAAUCAUGGGUUCUUUUAUUUUGGCUGAAAAGAUCUACAUGGGAGGUGUGAUGGGCGCGAUACUCAUAGUGAUCGGAUUGUACGCGGUUUUAUGGGGAAAAUACAAGGAGCACAAGGAGAAAGAGUUAGCUGAAGAGAUCCUCGAUCCCGUUAAAGCUAAUUCAGGAAACAACAACAACAUGAACAUGAUGAUAACCGACAGUGUUGAAGUAAACGAUCUUGAGAUGCAAAAGAACGAGAUGUUCAAAUCAUCUGUCCCAACGAUCGCAAUCAAUGCCGCAAUGCCAACACCACCAAUGAUAGCUGUGGAAACACCAAGAGUGUAAUUAGUUAAGAAUUUAAGGAGUGUGGAAGAGAAUGAAAGAUAAGGGAAAAGUAAUAACUACAAUAAUAAUGAAAGGUUGAAUAUGUACAACUACUAUAGAUCAGGGGGUUAAGAAAAAAAGCAAGGGCUUUUUUUUGUAAUUUUGAUAUUAUCAAUUUGUUUUUCUUUUAAAUGUUUAAUUAUAAAGAAUGAAGAUUCAUUCCAUGCAUGCAAUGCAAAGAAAUCUUUUUUGAA